AUGCGGAGGAGUACCAAUCGUAUCAAACUCUACCUCUACCGGGUCGCACUAGUAUUUGCGGUGAUGAUAUUUGCAUGGGAUACCUACGACAUCUUCAUCAGACAGAACCAGACACAAAAACUAUCGACUCUCAAAUAUUCUGGCGAGCAUAUAACAUGGACACCCUGUGGAGAUCUCAAAGGCAGCCAGGUCGAAUGCAGCAACAUCACCGUCCCAAUGGACCAGUUCGAUCCUCAAAACUCUGGAGAUAAGACCUUUACCAUUCCACUUGUUCGCUUGCGUAGUGAAAAGGCUACCCAAAACCUUGUCAUGAACCCUGGUGGUCCAGGAGCAAGUGGUUUCGAGUUCUUGUACCGCCGAGGCGAACAAAUCCGAACAAUAGUCGGCAAUAAAUUCCACCUUCUCUCAUUCGAUCCUCGCGGCGUCAAUAGCUCAACACCCGUAGCAACAUGCUACCCAGACGCUAAGGCAGCAGCAACAUUAUCAGGCGUUCGAGCUUCCAAUCCGACGAUUGAUAGUCCCGAGGUCUACGCAUGGGCACAGAACUUCGUUAAAGCAUGCGCCGACACGAUGGGCGAGCACGCCAAAUACACAAAUACACCACAGACAGCAGCAGAUAUCAACAACAUCCUCGAGGCAACAUACGCAAGCUUAUACCCCGAGCGCGCGAAACGGGUUAUAAUCGACGGCAUCGUGAACCAGUGGCAAAGAUACGAAGAACUCUACGAAAAAGAAUCAAUGAUAGACACAGACACUGUGCUAGACGGAUUCUUUGACGAGUGCAUCAAAGCCGUACUCUUUUUCAUGGCCAAACUGCGAGAGCAACCAAUUAGUGUCUACAUCAACAAUACCAACUACGGCCUGUUGACCUACGACAUGCUCUGGUACAACGGCGUCUUCCCGACACUAUAUAAGCCACCAACCUGGUACACCCUCGCAAACAAUUUCUUCAAAUUAAUCCAAGGGAACGCAACCCCCGCCUUCGAAGCCUACCAAGCCGGCGGACUGGAGGCAAUGCCAGACCAAUCAUUUGCAUUCAUAUACCUCAACGACGGCUUAAGCGGACCAAAGAACUGGCCCACAGGUCGCGCAUCCCUUUUGGAUAAAAUCACACCCUGGUUGAACGAGAGUCUGUUCAGCGAAGCCAGUUUCAAGAUCUAUUAUAUGAAACAGCAAUGGACCGUCCCGAAGACGCAUACAUAUGUCCCGCAAAAGGGAGUGAAGACUGCUCAUCCGUUGUUAAUCCUGUCUACAUCCUACGACCCAGUGUGUCCGCUUGUCUCGGCGCGCUCGGCUAAUGAGGCUUUUGUUGGGUCGCAGAUUGUUGAGGUUAAAGGGUAUGGGCAUUGUUCUGUUGCGGCUGCUUCUGUUUGUCUUGCGAAACGCGUCCGUGCAUUUUUGGAGGAGGGGACUAUGCCUAAGGGGUAUACGCAGUGUGAGGUUGAUGCACCUUAUUUUGUUCGGCCGGAUGGGAGUGGGUUGGUUUCUGUUCAGCGGCAGUUUGAUAAUGCUGAGGAUGAGAAGAUUCAUCUUGCGCAAGUGGAAUUGGCGAGGGACUGGGACUUUUCUCUGCCGUUCCUGUAUUAA